AUGAUGCCGCCGCUGCCAGAAGCUGAGGUCGCCACUCCUGCUGCAACAGGACUGCCAACUGCAUCAACGUCGACUGCGUUGAGCUGCCCAGAGUGCAACAGGCUGUUCUCUAAGCAACGAGGUCUGUCCCAACACUGGAGACAAGCCCACCUGACAACCUACAACGCCGAGAAGGAACGCCUUGCCCCAUCUCGUACGAACUGGACAGCCCAGGAGGAUACAGCAACAUUGGACGAAGUCCAAAACAGAAUAGCGAUCGGCCAUUUGUCACUCGCGAGUACCUAUCCCAGCUUUGUUGUCCGAAUAAACGAGGCGGUGCGCAGUAGCUAUUACACAAAACGACGAUACGUGAUGGAGGCCUGGCGCCGCCGCCUGGAUAAUGUCCUCAGCUCAAAAGAGCCUGUUGUCAGGGCAGCCGCGACCCUACCUUCUGGAUUCCCAGGCAUCCGGCUUGCUGCUGAACCAGUGCGGAUGGGUCAAACGAUCCUGGCCACCAAAGAGGAUGCUCGGAGAUAUUGGAGGGACUCUCUCUACAACUCCGCCGACGGACGUGCUCGUGCUCGCAUCGCCAACUCUGCCUGUGCCAGGCACUGGAUUUCCUCCCCUGACCGAGUUUUCCCCUGGUUAUUCCUUCGCGGCAUCCAGCUUCGCGCAGGUGUCCUGGAAACCAAAGCUCACAGGAAUCGUAGGACCAGGUCAGGAGAUGUGCUGUGUCAGGGUCACUGCGGUCAGCGUGAAACCCUCAAUCAUAUUCUCCAAUGUUGCCAGCUGAAUCACGAUGCCCGGGUCUGGCGCCACAACAUCGUCAUGAAGCUACUGGCCCAACGCCUCUCACGCAACAACCCAACUAUCCUCCUGGAACCGCAUAUACCGAGUGGAAAUACCUACUGCAAACCGGAUAUAGUCCUCUAUACAGAUGCUGGUGCAACGGUGAUCGAUGUCGCGGUCGCUGGAGAGGACUACAUGGACCGAGUGUAUCAGGGGAAAGUGGAUCGCUACUCAGAGGCUGAAGUGGAGUCUAAUCUUCGCCGAAUCCUCUCGAAGCCGGCUACCUACCCAAUCGCCCAUAUGCCUGUAGUCUUCUCUGCACGUGGCGGAGUCUACCAACGCACAGAAAGGAACUUACUCAGCCUUGGACUUACGAAAUUAGACGUAUCGGACCUCACUUUAGCGACAGUGCGUGGAUGCCUGAAGGCUGCUCUGAAUGUCAAAAUGAAGAAAUUCAACCAAGCGCGGGUAAACGGCGGGAGUAACUAUGAGUCCGCUGACGGCAGAUCCCUUCUUUACUUUGCGAACUCCACCUGUGCCAAUCACUGGCUCUCCUCCCCUGUUCGGGUAUUCCCUUGGUUGUUCUUGCGAGGCAUCCAACUUCGGGCGGGUGUCCUCUCUACCAAAGCCCGCAGGUCCCGUAGGACAGGUCGCGAGGACGUGUUGUGUCGAGGUGAAUGUGGUCAGCGAGAGACCCUAUUCCAUAUUCUCCAGUGCUGCCAUCUGACGCACCAAGCCCGUGUCUGGCGUCACAAUCUUGUGAUGCGGCUGCUGGCACAGCGUUUGCUGAAAGACGGGCGGGAGGUUCUUGUCGAGCCUCAUAUCCCGGAAGGAGCAUCUUUUUGCAAGCCAGACCUGGUGUUUUGCACAGAGACAGAGUUCACUGUCAUUGAUGUUGCUGUGGCAGGGGAGACCCUCAUGGAGAACAUCUACGAGCGAAAGAUUCGCGGUACGCCACACCGGAGAUUGAGUCUAAUUUGCGGAGGCUUCUUGGCCGUUCGGCCGAUACCUUGGUUGUGCACAUCCCCGCUGUGUUUUCCUGCCGCGGCGGCAUUUUCUCUCGCAGUGAACGUCUGUUACGGAGCAUCGGCUUAUCCGUCUAUGACUUGUCCGAUUGUUGUAUGGCGGUAA